AUGGUCUAUCAUUACCUCCCUUCGGUAUGGGGGCUAAUGCGCAUCCGCAUCCCUAAUCACGGCUGGUUGGACCGAGAUAUCCCCCUACAAGCACCCAAAGAUCGUUACAAACUAGGACGCGCUGUUGAUCCGAACGACGUUGUGUUUUCCACCGAUGCAAUCGGUUGGCUGAUUUCUUGCUCCGUGAAACAUGUUCUGGCUGACAUGAUCAACCAGAUCAAGAACACCUUUCCAUGUAUCGUACCGGUGACCCUGACGGGAACCCGCUAUACUGGGCAGAAAGCCACACCGACUUUGUCACCCGAGCAAGCACUUACCUGCCUUCUUGCAUGGCCUUACCUCAAUUCAUUAUCACAGGUGGAUGGAACGUUGUUACUCAAAGAUCAAACUAGGCAAAUUGUCGAAGGGUCUUCCAUAACGCUUACCGAUGGUGCCGAUCCUUACAAUUCUGACCUCAGUCCAAGCCUCGGCACAGGUGGCUUUGGACAAGUGUACGAGGCCACAGAAAUCAAAACUAGAAAGGCGUAUGCUGUAAAGCGAUUACCCAAGAUCCCGUUCCUUCCUGCCAGACGGCGCAAUGCACCUAUCCUCAGAGAAAUCUGGCUUAUGAUGCAACUUCGCCACUCAUCUGCUUCUUCAGUUCUCGUCAUGGAGAAAGUAGAAUACGGCGAUCUCGAAGGGUUAAUCCAGCUGCACGAUCCGAUGUCAGAAGACACGUCGAAGCUAGUAGUCGCUGAUCUCUGUGAUGCACUUGAAUACCUUCACUCCCAUCGAAUUGUGCACCGCGACAUAAAGCCAGGGGUAGGCUACCCAUUCUGCCAAUUGCAAGCGAUUAUCCGUCUGGACAACUUCUAUUUUCAGAAUAUCCUUGUUUCCAACCUGGACCCAAUCCGCGUCAAACUCGCAGACUUUGGUCUUGCAAAGUUGAUCCAUGAGGGCACUUACGCAGGCACAAUAUGCGGUACUCCAAUGUUCAUGGCGCCCGAAGUCUCUGCACGCGACGCACCUAUUGGGCAUAGGCUGUCAAGGCGCUCUCCAUUUAAGAACAGGGGUCGAGGUGUUCCUCAAGAAAAUGGCCAAGAUCUCCAUUUUGUCAAGCACCAAUCUCCUAUCUUCAGGCGUUUACCGCAUGCAGUAACUCCGGGGGCCAGAGAUGUUUUGAGCAAAUUGCUUCUUAUAGACCCAUCUAAGCGCCUCACUGUCGCUAGCCUCAUGCAUCACGAGUGGAUCGAGCAAACUUGGGAGCACCGACAUGCGCUUACCUUGACACAUCAAUCAGAAGAUCCGACCUAUUCUGUUAGUUUGGGUGCCCAGUCCGAACUAGGUGAUCCUUGA